AUGGCCGGAAACCGAGGAAGAGUUUACCGCCCCUCAUACAGUCUAACACGGGGGUGUCAUUUACCGCCUAAUGUUAUUAGGGGCUUCGGGCGAAAAACCUCUGCAACAGGACGACAGUCACUGGCUGGUGCAGUGAGAGAAUGGUCCGGACGGUUCCAACACCAAGCUACAUUGCAUGCUGCGUCGACAAGAUUGACGGCGGGCGGUAGCAGGGUUAGGAGAAACCGUGAUCAGGGCAUCUCACACAACUCAUCUACCAGGACUUCUGCAAUCUACAACGACGAUCAUUUGCAGUCUCAGACGUAUGGAUAUGGUUAUGGGUCGCUUGGUUUGCGCUCAACAGCUUCUCGCUAUUCACUGAAUGACCAGUUCGCUGCUACACGUUCAGAAUUCGAUUUCGGCUUUGACGAUGGAGCUUCUACCUUUGAGCGGUCGACCCUCGCUUCAGAAAUUCGAGGACCGCCGCUGGAUGAUGAGCAUAGUCCCGUUCUCUCGCCAAUAGAAGACUACUUUCAUCCAUCAGCCUUACAAGAUCGGGAACGUGUCAUAAACCCCUACGAUCUUUUAGUCCUACCGCCAAAUCCCACGGACCGGGAUAUCCGUCGUGCAUAUUUCAGGCUGUUCACCUUGCUGUAUCCGGAUACACACCCGCCAAAGCUCCGUAAGGCUGCCAGUGUUUACUUCACGCUGGUACAAAAUGCUUUCGAGCAAACCAUCAGACCAAGUGAGCGAGCCCAGGAAGACUUGGACCAGCACAACACUUCUGAUUUGGUGCUAGAUGAGCCCGGCCGGUACCAAGUAUACCAGUUGUGGCGGGUCGCACUAAGCACUCUUGGUCCCAAUCACUGGGAUAGGGACGCAGUGCUGGAGGAGAACGGGGACAGGCAAUCAAGUGGCAAUCAUGGCCUCUUUGCUAAUCUCUGGAAAUAUGCGGAUAAGCUUGGGUUGGACCGUCAUCGAUUGCAGGCUUUGGGCAGAAAUGGCAGUCUGGGUUUGGGCGUCAAACUGGACAUGGGAUCACCUCAGCUGUUUGAAUCAGCAGCCAGAGGUCUGUCUCGAUUUUCAGUUCUGAACAAACAUUUCCUGAGUUUGGUUCCGAUUCGGGUGACUCCAAGAUCAGAACUCAACUACAACUUUCCGGAAUCCACACAAGCUAUAGGUGCUGCAGGGGCAUGGACCUUUUCGGCGGCGGCAGAACCACAUAGCUUAGGCGCUUCACUUAAGUAUGGUAUCGAUGUCAGCAGCCUGCAAAGACCUGCCAGUCAGAGUAUAGCCCCUGAAACAAAAAGAACCCAUAUUUCUCCCAGAACGGGACCCGGUUUACGCAUCGAAGCGGAGGUCUCGUGUGGAUUCGUGUGGUCAAAGUUCCUGGCUUUGAGAUGUCUAAAGCGUAUUGGUCGCUUCUCGAAGUUGGGAUUCGAGCUCGGAUUCAGCACGCACCAGCUACAUUUAUCCCUAUAUUGGUCUCGGCUCGGCCAACGCAUACGCCUCCCCUUCUUGGUGAAUCCGAUAUCCUUUAUCAGUCCGCGGGCUCUAUUCUGGGCAGCACUAGUACCCUUUGCCACUCUCGCAGCUUGGGAUCUGAUCUCAUACUGCCGGCGGUCCGGGAUACCGAAGCCUCUAAAGCAAGUUGAAUUGGUAAAGCAAGAAGAGCGACGAUCGGAAGCGGAUGACAUCACUAUUCUACUAUCAGCCAACGUCGAGAACAGGCAAAGAGAAGAGCGUGCCAAUCGCGGUCUGGUGAUUUUGAGCGCCAAAUACGGGGUCAAAAAGGAUGAUUCGUGGGGUCUCGGAGAAGUCGCAGAUGUCACCACUGCCGUUGCAGCGCUCGUCGAUAACAGUCGACUACGCAUCCCACGCAAUGUUGAUAAGAACAAUAUUCUAGGCUUUUGGGAUCCGGUUCUGGGUAUGGCAAAAACAUUACAUGUGAGAUAUCUUUGUCAGGGCAAGGAGUCAACUGUGGAAGUAGGCGAGAAUGAGGAAUUGUCCUUGCCGCCGAGAUAG